UGUAUUGUUAUGUAUAAUUUAUUGGGAUUCGUUUCUCGUCGACAUUUUUACUACUAGUUUCACUGUAUUUUUUUUCAAUUAAAUUUCGGAAAGUAAUUCAAAUGAUUUGUGGUUCAGAUUAAGGAACAUAUCACUAUGCCGCCUAAAAAGAAAAAAACUCCUGCAAAUCCUGUUGUAGUAGGCACUGUGUCAACUCGAUCAACAAGAAGACAAAGUAUUGUAAAUAUAGAGAUACCAAAAUCAAGCAAAAUAACAAAACAUAUUUCAAAAACAGCAAAAGGUUCUGGCAAGGAACAUUUGGAAAAACCCACAAUCCUGAACAAGCUCAGUCCUGAAAUUCUUACAAAUACAAUUAGAAAUUCCUAUGAAAAAGUUUUUGGAUCAAUUUCUGAAAUGCCAACUUUUCAUUCCGACUUGAAGAAGCAAUUAUUACCUAUCGCUUCAAAACCUCAGAGCAGUUCAGCUGUUCAACAAGCUACAGUAUCAAAUGUUGCUAAAAGUAAUAAAGCUCUAUUACAAAUACUGCAAGAUUGGGAGGAUGACGAGGACAGUCAGGAUGACAAAUCAGAUAUACAAGUGAACAGUGUCUUGGAAGAGGAAACCACUAAUAGGGGUAAGGGUUAUGAGAACUUGGAAUUUGACGCUGAUGAUAUCAGUGAAAUUAUAGGACAUAACUAUAAAUCAACUGAGGAAUCAAUUGGAAAAGUUGAAGACGAUGCUGAAAUUUUCAAGGAGUCGUCGCCUGAAAAAAAAACAAGUGGGUUUUCUGAUGAAAUUGACAAAAAAAUGUUGAUGGAAACUGAUGUUUCUGAAAAUUAUACAUCAGAUCAUGACAGAUCUAAUCUAGAAGAAUGUUUUGUUCAAGAAAGUCAAGAAAUUGUUGUGGGGGAGUCUGUUGAAGUAGCAUACGAAGACGACGGAAUGGGAUGCAUAAUUGAAGAAAUUGUUCCAGAGAAAAUGGAAGAAGUAAUCAUAUCUGAUGGUAUGUAUAAUAUGCCUAAUACGGACGAAAACCACGAUGACAAUAUUACUGAGAUUCCUCUCGAUCCGAACGAUGUUGAAGGUGAGGAUAUCAAAGUCAUUGAAGAUGUAACAGUUUCAGAAGAAUGUCAGUCAGUCUCUACUAGUGACUCUAAUGAUGCAGAGGUAAGGAAGUUUUUUUCUCAAGAAAUUGAAAAUGAGACAAUCCUUGAGAAAAAUAAUUCAAAGCUAUCUGACGCCACUAUCAGUGAGAGUGAAAAUGAUUCGCCUUUAGAAAAACAGACACAAGAUAGAGAAUUUAAGAAUGAAACGUCUCUCGAGUUUGGGGAAAAAAUCCAGAGUGAUGAUAAUAAAUCUAAUGUAGGCAUCCAACCACCGCAUACAAAUGAUUGUGAAGAAAAAGUCACAGACCCUGAGGAUAGAACCAAUCCAAAAGCUGAAAACGUAGAAAGUAUGGAGACUGAAGAGCAUGUUACUAUCGAAACAACAACCAUUGAAAAAGAAGUAGAAAAAUUGCACCUUCAGGAUGAACCUGCAGUGCAUCAGUUUGUUUCUAAUAGUGUAUUGGAAAGAGAGUCGAAUAACCUUCCUUUGUCUGGAGUUGCAGCUGUUGAAUUAGAUUCUUUUUCAGAACAGGAACAAAUCGAUUCAUCUCGUAAAAUUAGAACUCGAAGAAUAAAAACACCCCAAGUAACAGAACGGCAAUUUAAAUUGUCCAAGCAGGUACUACCAUCUAAUAAGUCGAAGGAAAAAGUUUUGACUAAGACAGUGGAGACGAAAUCAAAGGAAAAGAAAAAGCAGGAAGUAAAGACUAAGAAUCCAUGUUUGAUUUCAACUUCUAAAAAAGUACGAAGUAAAACUGAUGUGAAUAAAACUGAGAAGAAAGAUAAGAAGGAGGAGAAAACUGAUCAAGACUCUUUAAAAAAAUCGUUCAAAGUAGAAAAUGAUUUGGAUGAUAUGGAAGUGAGAAGAUCUUCGAGAAUAAAAUUCAUAAAUCAUCUGAAUAAAAAAACUACAGGCCGGGGAUUGGUCAAGUCUAAAUCAGAAAGCUCUCUUAAUGAAUGCGAUGUUUCAGAUAGUAAUUCUGUUCAGAUGGAAUCAGAAAAAAGUACUCCGACCGCAUCGCCGAAAGUGAUGUUGAAGGAACGGAAAACAAGAUGGACAAGAUCGAGUGAUAAUAUAACCGCAGCUGAUUACCCCUCCCAAUCAAUAUUAUCUUCGAUUCAGAAAAAAAUUGAAUGUCACCUCGAACCACCUUCUAUCGAUAAUGUAAAAGCCAAGAUUCCAGCAAAAGAUCCAGUGAUAGCAGCACGACUGAAACAGUUUGUUCAUUUAAAAGAAAAUUUAUAUAAAACAGAUAGAAUGACCUGCAAAGAAGCCAAAAAAAUGACCUGUGAUUGCUUUUUAACUGCAGAAGAAAAAGAAGCCAACGAAUUCGGUUGCGGAGAAGAUUGUUUAAACAGAUUACUACUAAUCGAAUGUGGAAAUCUGUGUCAAGUAGGAGAGAGAUGUACAAACAAGAGAUUUCAAAAAGGUCUCUUUGCUCCCGUGGAAGUUUUCAACACUGAAAAGAAGGGGCUGGGUCUCAGAGCUGCCGCAAAUAUUGCUUAUGGCGAGUUCAUCUUGGAAUAUGUAGGAGAGGUGCUUGAUUCCCAUGAAUUCGAUAAAAGGGCCGAGGUCUAUUCACAAGAUAAAAAUAUUCACUAUUAUUUCAUGGCCCUACGGGCAGAUGCCAUUAUAGAUGCAACAAUGAAAGGUAAUAUAUCUAGGUUCAUCAAUCACUCCUGCGAUCCGAAUGCAGAAACACAAAAGUGGACUGCUAAUGGAGAAUUGAGAAUUGGUUUCUUUAGCACGAGGACAAUUCUAGCAGGAGAAGAAAUAACUUUUGAUUAUAGAUUUCAGAGAUACGGAAAAGAAGCUCAGAAGUGCUAUUGCGGCGCUUCCAUUUGCAGAGGAUGGCUCGGAGAACAACCUGAUUCUGAAGAUGAGGAGGAUGAGGAAGAAGAGGAAGAAGAUGAUGAAAUUCUGAACGAAUCGUUACCAGAACCCAAAAUAGAACCUCCUCCCAUAAAAGAUAAAGUACCUGAACUAGCAGUAGAGACCGUUCGAGAGACGGAAGAAAUAAAAGUAGUUGACCCGGAGAAACUAGGUGACACGAAAGAAACACAGAUUCAAGAGCAAGUACCUGUUACUCCGACCGUGACUCCUGCCAUAGCGAAAAAAAAAUGUCAGAAGAAGAAACCCAGAAUCGAACUCUUUGAAGAAAUUGAUCAACUUAACGAAGAGAUGGAACUGUUGAUAACAACUGGAUUGAAAAAUCAAGCACAUACUUUGAAGCUGAGUCGACUCAUGGUGAGAGCCAAAGAAACCCAACAGAGAACCAAAUUGCUGCGUGUCUUGAGGCGAGGUGAACUUCCUUGUCGCAGGUUGUUCUUGGAUUAUCAUGGGCUCCGCCUGAUACACGGCUACAUGAUUGACGCUCAGCAUCUGGUAAUGGCAAAUAAAAAGUAUGAAUCUGUAAGAUUGGAAAUACUACAAACUCUUGCAGUUUUACCAAUUCCUAACAAAACGAUGCUUCAAGAUAGCAAAGUACUCGCAACUGUGGAGAAAUGGUCUACCAAUAAAGAAUUAACUUCCCCAUUAGAUUCAGAUAGUAAUUCUCCUAAAAUUGAGCAGGAUGUUAUGGCCGAGAGAGUCAAGAAAGAAAUUGAUGUAGUAAUGAAAAAAGAAGAUUCAAUGCCUGAAAGAAGCAUUGAAGAUCAAGAAGAAGAAAUUAAAUUUCUGGCGACGAAACUGUUGGAAGAAUGGAAAAAUCUGCCAGAAGUAUUCAGGAUUCCCAAGAAAGAACGAAUCGAACAAAUGAAAGAACAUGAAAGGGAAGCAAAUAAGAAAUUCAUGCAGAAUGCCCAGAACGUUUAUGGUGGUGACCACGAUAAAGAAAGAAAGAGCGAUAGAUACCGAUCGUUAUCUAGAUACAAAAGUGAUAGAGACACCAAUAGGAAACCUCCAAAACCUGGCGAGAAGCCAAGUGCCGAAUUUUUGAGGCUCAGUAAAAUAGAAAGGAGAAAACUGUUUGCUCUGCAGCAUGAACUGAAGGAAGAGGAAAGGAGGAUGAAACAACGAGAAUUAUGGCGGCAACAUGAAAUGAAUUGUUUGAUGAUAGGAACGGAUCCUAGGUUCACGGCUCCAUUCGAUCCCAGCCGUGGCUAUCAGUGUAUAUGGAAUCCUCAGAUUGGUCAGUGGCAAAAUUAUCCUCUACCUCCAAAUACGUCCCUGUAUCCAUCCCAGCCUCCCCAGUUACCCAACUUGAAUAUACCACCACCUCAAAUUCCAAAAAGCUUACCCAACUACUCGUAUACCCCACCUUUGGGGGUAACCAACAGUUUGAGCCUCGGUAUUGCUCAACUUCCUAUAAGUGGGAUGGCUGGAUCAAUCCAGCUUCCCGCACACAACGUACCUGAGAUAACAACUGCCAGUUCGUUGCAUCCACUAGCUCAGAAUAUUACGAGACAUCCGCAGAUACCAAUGAGUCAUGCCACAACGACAGUGCCGUUGAUACAAUAUCAAGAACAGAUCAAUGUGAAGGAAGAAGAUUUAUCACAAGUCAAAUUCAUGGGACCUAUUCCACCCCCUGCAAAAUUACCUCCGAAAUGGAAAUGUGCAAAAGAUAAAUAUGGAAGACCCUACUACUAUCAUGUUAAAAUCAGAAAAAGUCAAUGGGAACCACCACCUGUUGAAGAGCCAACAGAAGAAAAUGAUUCAUUCGAAUCCGAGUCGAGUUCUGAUACAAGUACUGUAAGCUCCGAUACCAGCUCAGAAAAUUCCGAGAGUGAAGAUGACAUUGAUGAUACGAAACUGUUGUUGGAAGUCAGAAAGCAAAUGGAUAGUUCUAGUAAGGUAUCUCUCAAAUCUGUCUUACCAGAACAAAAGAAAAUGGAAGAAUCGAUGGAGACAACUCCCAGUCCUGAUGAUAAAAUUUCGAGAGGAGUUUUAGACCACGAAGAAAAUAUUGUGAAAUCGUCGUCUUUCGUUGAAGAAGAAGUGAGAAGACCCUCCAUAGAUAUGAGAUUGAAAGAACUUGAUUUAUUCAAAGACGACAAACCACCUAAAAAAAAACGAAGGGUCGGUUUGUGCGAAGAAAUUAUUAUUAGUCCAAGGACCGAAGAAGACAAGAAACAGUUCAAGGAGGACAUCAAAAGGUACAAAGCAAAUAAAGAAAAAUUGAAACGGCAGAAAGAAUUGAUUCUGCAGCAGACGAAAAAACAACUGCGGGAAAUAGAACUCAAAAAAAUAAAAGAAAAACGUUCCAAACCGUUCUUGAAGGUAAAAAUAAAAGACUUGCCAGAUUUCAAUAGUGACGCCGCCAAAAAAAUCAAGGAAACAUUCAGAACAAAUAUGGCUUCAACCGUUGUCAGUUCUCUGAAUGCCUACAGAAAGACUGAUUGUACUGAAGGGAGAAUUACCAAUACAGAUGACUUCAAACAUUUAGCCAGAAAGUUGACCCACUUCGUGAUGCUGAAAGAGAUGAAGCACAUUUCUAAAAUUGAAGAUCUUACAUGCACAGAUAAUGUCAAGAUGAAAGCAAGAGAAUAUAUUCGCAAAUAUAUGAGCAAAUUUGGCGAGGUUUACGUCAAACGUAACGACUCUCCAGAUUUCAAAGACUAAAAACUUUGGUUGGCUUCCAUCUGUGAUAAAGAGUUCAACUGUUCAGUUUUUAUAAAUGUUUUCAUUUCUUCAGACUAUUGGCAGUACCACGUUGUUUAAUGUGUAACUGUUGAAAGAGUUCAGAUUGUUUUUAUUUAUUUCCAGUGUUCUGUUUUUACUUUUAUGUAAGGAAUGUAUUUUCUGUUGAAAUUAAAAUUUUCAGAAAAUA